AUGGGAAACGCAGUGGAAGAAAGGGACAUCCUCAGUGUUGUUGUUGUUCAUGCAUUCAUUCACGAUGAAGAGGAGGAGGCAGAGCUUCGCUGCAGCAGGACAGAGCGUGUUUGUUCGAGGUUGCUCGCAAGGUCCCGGGCAGAUGAAGAGACUGUGAUGGAGAAUGUGGCACCAGCAGCAGCCAGAACUCGCCAAAGUUGCUGGCUGCAGGGUGCUGCAGCAGUACGACUGUGCCCAGGGAGCUGUGCCCAGGGAGCGCAGAGACCUGGAAAAGGGAGGGUUGUCCCUGAGGCACUGGGAGUGCGGAAGGAGCUUCAUUUGCACGGGAAAGGGGACAGACUAUCAUGUGAAGCCAAACAGGAGAACAAGGCUGAGAGUCCAGUAACCUGGGAAGUGCUUAGCCACGGUGUGGUCCAUGCGUCUCAAAGGCUGGAGGACUGUCCUGCCUUUGCAGCUCCCCUCAAGCUGGUUUUGACCCACUUCAGCAGCUCCUGUGUUGAAAAGGCAGCAGACAAAUGUAUCACAGCUAACAAAAUGACCAAGCAGCAAUCCUGGCUGUUUGGAGACGGGCUGCCGCCCUUCCUGGGGGCUGCGGGGAAGCGGCGCCAGCUUUCCCGAAGCGCGAGCAGGUUUGGGCAGCUGGCCGAGUCCUGCCGCCUGGCGGGACGGGCCCCGGGCUUGUCCGAGCUUGGCGUGCCGGGAAGGCCGGGCGUGCGCGGAGCCCUGCUGGACACGCUCACGGGGAAGCAGAGGCGCCGCCUGGCAGGCAAGAAGGCUCCGCGGCGAUUUGUCGUGAGCACUGACAGCUUCCUGCCCACCAACGACGUGCUGGAAACCUGCGUCUGCACAAAAAUACAUAUAUACACACACAGACUGAAGGAGGUGGGCAGGGGGUCCAUAAACAUCCUGUAA